AUGGCAUUAAAAGCUAUGAGCUGCCUUUUGUUUUCAAAACUUUAUUUUUUGUGGCUUAAAGAUUCCUUUCACACGGUCGCCGAGGAAGAGAGUCGUGUGGAGAUCGUGAGUCGUCCACACGCGCAUCCGACUGAAAAUGAUCUGACUGUCCACUUGUCGCCCAUCCAGUCUCUCCCCUGCCCUUUUUAUAUCCCCGCGUCCUCACCCUUUCAUUCCCCACCCAUCAUCCUUCGCAUCCUUCGAGCGAGAAGACAUGCCGAAGCUUCCGCGGCCGCUGCCUUGGACUUGGAGGAGAUCGGGAAGGAGCUCGCUCUGAUUCCGACGUCCCCAGAUCUGUCUUUGGGCCGUCAGAAAUACGCCGAUGAGUGCGAAUCUGCCAUCAAUCAACAGAUCAAUGUCGAAUACAAUAAUUCCUACGUCUAUCAUGCCUUGUUCGCUUACUUCGACCGCGACAACGUUGCGCUGAAAGGCCUCGCAAAGUAA